AAUGAUGUUGUUUGUGAUAUAUGGGACGGUAACCUCUUUGCUACAUUUUGUAAUAUAUACUGUAAACAGUUAAACAAAGGUAAAGUUUUAUUUGAUAGUGAUAUUUUCAUCAAAUAUAAAAAUAUUAUUGAUAAUUUUGAUGAGAAGUAUGGUGGCAGAUUGAAGUCAACACUUCCUUGUGAUUUUGGAUUUAAAGAUUCAUGUGAGAGAAAUGACCAAUCAUUUUCUGCUUCUGAUAAUAAUCUUCUAUCUCUUCUACUCUCUCUUGAAAUAAUUUCAACUCCAGUUUUAGGAAGUUUUUUAAUUCAAAUUGUUCCUGUGCAAAGUAAUCUUGUUACAUUAUAUGCAGGUAACAUCUAUAAUCGAAUGGAGGUUUUAGAUAAAGAUGAUCCAUACUUAGCUGAAUUGCUUCCAAAUUUUGAAGAGUUUGAAGAUAUAUAUCAUUGGCAUUGCAAAAUUUUGAUUGGUGAAUAUGAAAUAUUUUCAGUGCAAGAAAAAAAGAAAAUGGAGUUAAAGAAAAAAAAAAAUUCAACAGAAGUAAAACGAGUAACUAAACAAAGCAAGUUAAGAAUGAAAAUGCGUGAACAACAAAAAGAACAGCAAAUGCGCUGUAAAUAUUUUAAGUACCUUCAAAUGUAUGGAGAAAGCUUAGGAAUUAAUGAGCCAACAUUAAUUGUCCUAGAAAACAAAAACAAAAAUAGUAAGAUAAAACAACUGGAUAGAAGUUCUAAUACAAAGGAGGUAAGAGGAAAGGCACAGCUAAUUAUUGAACAGAACAAGUUGAAAAAACUUGAAGAACGAAAAAAAAGGGAUAGUGAUCAGUGGAAAAAAGUAACAGAUCAUAUUCGAGGCUUAGAUUAUUCUGGGGCUCUAAAACAUAUUCAAGAAAAUGAAAAAUGUUUUUGUACUGAUCAGUUUAAAAUCAAACUUGAAGUCAAAAAGCUGUCAAUAUUUAAAAAAUUGUUGUAUAAUAAAGAUUCAAACCAUUUAAAUCAUCUAGAUUCAAAUCAUAUAAAUCACACUAUUAAUCUUUUUUUAGUCAUUUCAAAACUUUUCAGCAAAUAUUGGAAUAUACUUUCAUUGAGUGAAAAAAGAGCAGUUGCAAAAGCUUUACAUGAAGCUGGAUUUUUUAAUCUCUUAAAAUUGCUCAAUUUAGAGUCUCCAGAGAAACCUUCUAAAGCAGAGUCACAAUGUCAUAUUGAAUUUCAGUUAAAGUAUUUGGGUCACUUUUUGUCAAGAACAGAACGCAAUGAUCCUGAUCCUAGAAUUUCUAAUUUUAUUCCUGAUACCUGGCAGAGAAAAUUAUUUGAUGCUGUUGAUAAUAAUAAAUCUGCUUUAAUAAUUGCUCCAACUAGUUCAGGUAAAACAUAUGCAUCAUAUUACUGCAUGGAAAGAAUAUUGAGAAGUAGUAAUGAUGAUGUUGUAGUUUACGUUUCUCCAACAAAAGCGCUUGUCAAUCAAGUACAUGCCUAUGUAAAAAGUAAAUUUACAAAAAAUGAUUUGCCUGCUGGAAAGACAAUUUGUGGUGUAUUCACAAGAGAUUAUAGACAUGAUGUGGAAAAUUGUCAAAUACUCGUUACUGUACCACAAUGUCUUGAAAUUCUUCUACUAUCCAUCCAAACCUAUGCAUGGUCUCAAAAGAUAAAAUAUGUUAUCUUUGAUGAGAUUCACUGUAUUGGUGCUGAUGCUGAUGCUGAGACAUGGGAACAUUUAUUAUGUAUUAUCUCAUGCCCGUUUCUUGCACUUUCAGCAACAGUUGCAAACCCUGAAGUUCUUCAUAGUUGGCUUCAAGAUAUUCAAAACUUUCAAAAAGAAAAUAAAACUAUGCUUGGCAGUAAAAGAGAUGAAUUGUCAUACCAAGUUGAAUUAGUUAUUGUGAAAAAUAGAUAUUCUGACUUAGAAAACUAUGUUUUUAUUUCAGAAAGCUCAAAGUAUUAUCAGGAGAUAGGGAAACUGCAGAGUAUUCAUCCAGUUUGUACACUAAAAUUAUCAGCUGUCAUUGCAGAUGGAAUCCCAGAACAUAUCAGUUUAUCGCCAAGAGAAUGUUUAAAACUUUAUGAUGCAAUGAAAAAAAUCAAACCUGAAUUGGAAAAUUUAUCUCCAACUCAUUUUUUUGUCAAUAAAAAGUUUCUAACUAGGGAUGAAGUUAGGUUAUAUGAAAGUGAGUUGAAAAAAGAGUAUUUUAGCUGGAUUGCAAAAAGAGAACAUUUUGAAAGUGUUCAGCAAAUGUUACUUGAGUCAGAAACUAAAUCAAAAUCAGCAGAAAUAUAUAAAAAAACUUUAAAUUUAGACAUGGAUAUAUAUUUAAUAAUAACAUUUAUGAGUUUGAUCAAAACAUUGGAAAAAAAUUCAAUGUUCCCUGUUAUUGUGUUUUGCUUGGAUCGACUUUUGUGUCAAGAUUUAGUAGAAGCCGUUAUUGCAUAUUGUGAACGCAAAGAAAAAACUGAUAUUAGAAAAAAAAAUGACAAAAACUUAACUUCUUAUGAGAAGUCUGUAUUGAAAAAGAGUAAAGAUAAAGCUAGUGAAAAAGACGCUUCAAAAAAAAAAGAAAUCUUUAAUUAUAAACAUGAUAAUGAUUUUGUUGUUUUUGCUCCAUUUGCUGAUAAAAAGGAAGUCAUCAAUUAUUGGCUCGAUCAUGAUUUUGUUAAAGGCGCUUCAUUUGCUGGUAAAGGAAUAUUUAUGAAAAAAGAUUUAACUUACUUGUAUAACAGAGUAGUUAAGGCUGCUCCAGUGGAGUUUAUGAAAGGAAUACGCUAUGGGGUUGCUAUGCACCAUGCUGGCAUGAGUAAUAAACAACGAACAACUGUUGAAAUAUUAUUUAGAAAGAAAUUUUUAAACAUUGUUGUUGCUACUUCAACACUUGCACUUGGUAUUCACGUACCAUGUAAAACAGUUGUAAUUGCUGGAGAUAGUGUUUAUUUGAAUCCAUUGAUGUUUCGACAAAUGUCUGGUCGUGCUGGUCGUAGAGGUUUUGAUAUGGUAGGAAAUGUUGUGUUUCAUGGAUUUUCUGAAGCAAAAGUAUCAAAUUUAUUUGCUGGAAAUUUACCUGAACUCUUAGGAAAUUUUCCUAUGACUGUGUCGUUAUGUUUACGUCUGUUCAUAUGUUUUAAUGGUCAAAUUGACAAAAAAGCUAAUGAAAAUACUCUAGUAAGGAUGUUGGCACUGCUAAAAUAUCCAUUAUUGUUAAAAGAGUAUCCUGAGCUAGAUAGUCAGUUCAAGCAUUUUUUUUUGUUUAGCAUUCAAUUUCUAAUAAGAGUGGGGUUGUUGAAAAGUGAUGGGACACCACAAGGUUUAGCAGGUCUAGCUUCACAUUUAUAUUAUCAUGAACCAUGUAAUUUUGUUUUUGUUUCUUUAAUAAAUUCUGGAAUCUUUCAUGAAUUUUGUAAUAAUGCCACCAGACUUGAAGAUGGCUUAUAUACAACGCAAUUUAUGGAGGAUCUCGUUGCAGUUUUGUCCUACUUUUUCACAAAUACUGAAGUCCAUCCAGCACUUGAGGAGAAUAAAAGAAGCACAAGUGUACUCAUAUUAAAAAAACUUCCUGAUGUUUUUGUUUCGGGAAUCCAAAACUAUAAUGAGCGAGUUAAAAAAGUCUACAACAUGUAUUUAAACUCUAUAUCAAAUUAUAUGAAUGAAACAUUUGGUGAAGAUGUUAUUCUUCCCUUAUCACAAGUCAGGUUCACCUCCUUAUGCGAUUCUAAAGUUCCUGAAGAAAAUACAAUAGAAUCCAUGAUUUGGAAAUCAUCUUUCAACAAUAAAUGUUGCUCAAAUUUUGUUGGAACAUCAAGUCAUUCUGAUGAAAAUGUGUACUCUCCAUAUGAUCGCAUAUCUAAAGUAAGAAAUCAGGUUUAUACAGAUGUACAUGAAAUUCCAUUAAGGAAAAAUGGUUCUGAAAACACGAAUUACAAGCUUAACAGCUAUGCAUUAGACUUUUAUAAACAUGGUAACGUUCAAGCAAUUCGUGACGAAAAUGGUUUAAAAUGCGGAGAAGAAUUUGGUAAAAUUAAAGAUUUUAUGUUAACUUUAAAGUCUAUAGCGUGUUCAUUCGAUUUAUACGCUCCAAAAGAUGAUUGUGUUCGUCAGGCAUUUCGACAGGUUGCAGAUGAGUUCGAAAAAAACUUCGUGUCGUUUAGUUUUUUUGGUUAAAAAAAAUAAAAAUUUGUUGUUAUUAGUUAUGUUAUCAAGAUAAUUGAAAAAAGAUAAUUGAAAAAAAAAUUUAAACAC